AUGACGAUAAAUUACAACUUGGCAGUUUCCACUUCGAAGCCGUGGACCCUGUUCAAGUUGCUUCUCAAAUGGAGGGGCAGCAUCUGGAAGGCCGUCAUUCUGGAGCUCGCCGUCUGGCUCGUCCUCUACGGAAUUCUCAGCGUCAUCUACAGAACGGCUCUCAAUCCAGGACAACAGAGGUUUCGCAGCAAAAGUAACAGCAAACAGAGACAGUUCAUUUCAGAACAUUCGAGCGAAUUGUGCAGUACUGUGACAGCCGACUCUCCUACAUUCCCCUCAACUUUAUGCUCGGUUUCUUCGUGACGGCAGUCGUCAACCGGUGGACCUACUUGUACCAGAUCAUUGGAUUCAUUGACAAGUGAGCCCAAUCUUUUGCAACUAAAUACGCUAAUCUCUUCUGUUUAGCAUCGGUCUGAUGGCAGCCGAGUACGUGCGUGGGCGGACCGAACAAGCAAGAAUGUACCGGAGGAACAUCGUGCGCUACUGCGAACUGGCCCAAGUGCUCGUGUUCCGCGACAUCAGCAUGCGGACUCGCCGUCGCUUUCCCACUUUGGACACGGUCGUGGCUGCCGGCUUCAUGAUGCCGCACGAGAAGGAACGGUACGACGAGAUCCAGUACAAGUACUCGAAGUACUGGGUGCCUUUCCAAUGGGCGUUCAGUCUCACUUACGAUGCAAGAAAGAAGGGGUUGAUCGAGAGCGACUAUUACCAAGUGGUCGUGCAGGACGAGAUCAAGAAGUUUCGAACGGGUCUCGCCUGGAUCUGCAACUACGACUGGGUGCCCAUCCCGAUCAUGUACCCGCAACUCGUCUGUUUGGCAGUCCACACCUACUUCCUCGUGUGUCUUCUCGCAAGACAGUACGUGGUAUCCGAGCACGCCGACAAUAAGACAGAGGUAUUGCGGGACGGGAGGAUCAUGAUGGCACGAACGAACCUUUCAGAUCGAUCUGUACUUCCCAAUCAUGUCAACACUCCAGUUCAUUUUCUACAUGGGAUGGAUGAAAGUGGCCGAAGCGAUGCUGAAUCCGUUCGGCGAAGACGACGACGACUUCGAGUGCAAUGCAUUAAUUGACCGAAAUAUCACGAUGGUUCUGAUGAUGGUGGACCAAGGGUACGACAGGGCGCCCGAUCUGAAGAGGGACGACUUCUGGGACGAAGAGGUCGAGCCGCUGUAUUCGGAGGAAACAGCGAAGAUCCCGAACAAUCCAUUGAAGGGAUCCGUCUCUGAUGUGAAGUGAGUUAAUCGUAACACUUUCCAGACAAAACGAUUAGUUGCAGACUUCCUGAGUACGUACACGAGAUCAAGAUGGUGCCUCAUUGCGAUGAUACUUUCCCAUUGGUGCCAGGAGACGACAUGAGAAGAAGGAGAGUUUCCGUCGUUCCGGUCAAGUCAGUUCGGCCUAAUCGCUCUUCUCAAAUGGGAAAGGAGUAAUUUGCAGACCGUCUGAUCAACAACAACAUCACGGACACCGAACUCGAACUUCUCUGGGAAAUAUUGAGAUGUUCCGAAGUUUCAAGAACAAAAUCGAGAGAUCGUUCUCGAAGCCCCAUUUGCACGACGACCUCGGACGGAAGACGUUCUCUCACGGGAUGCUCGAGAACAUGGGCUUCGACGGAACGACUUCGAAGAGCACGGACGGCUCCCCGGCCAACAACAACUCGUUCACCAACUCGGCGUUCGUCACUUCCGGAGAAGACUUUUCGGGCAAACGACUCGAUUCUUCCUCUUCGCAACCUCAGUUAUCCACUGGCAAACGGGGAAGCGAGCAUCCAUUCCAGCACCACGUGUUGGAUGACGUGCUGGAAGACGAUGAGUCGGAUGAGAAUCAGCUGACGCUCCGGAAGAAGACGUCCGUCUUCGAACCGGCAAUAACACUCGUCGAACGGUUUAAUGAAGUGGGCGACGAAGAGAACGAAGAAACGAAAAAGAAGGAGAAGGAAGGAGAGAAGGAAGAAGAGGAAGAGGAAGAAAAAGAAGAUAGGUUAGUAAGGUUUCGACGUUUUCAUUAAAAAGAGAUAAUCUCAGCCGACCUCCCCGCACCCGCCCAUUCUUCAUCGGAGUUGUCCGAUCGGAAUCCGAGGACCAGGCACAUCCGCACCUCCGACCUCCCACAAAAUUCCAAUAG